CUGUGUUUGCAUGUUGAUAUCAGAAGAGGGAGGAGAGAGAUCUAGCUCUGGAAGUGGAGUAUGUAGUGUACGAGGACUCCAUGGUGGCUAACUGUAGUUAGCCAUUCCGACUAACCUUUGUUUUUGGGCAUGCAGGGAUAAAUACCCACGUAGUGCAUGGGAGAAGAACUGAUCAUAGAAAGUUUAACGAUUCAUCACGCAAGCUAUUUUGGAGAACGCCAUUCUUACCCUGUACAUUUGCCUACGACUGUGAGGCAGUCACAAAAUCCAUGUAAUUUGAGAGUUUCUAAAGUUGGAUUUUAAACACUGCGGACUGUUUUAGAAACACAUUUUUGAAAUUGAAGCAAAGCAUUUCGGAGCGCCCAAAAAGAGAAGGGGAGGGGGGUCAAAGAAAACGCCCUGUUGCUGAAUCUUCUAAAAAUGUUAACUUAAUCGCCGUGUGGACCUUAGAGAACAUUUAUAUUGAAUAUGUUACCAUAAGUUUUUACCUUAAUUUGCGUUUAACGACAUCUCCUAACUAAUUGGCAAAUUUGAGGAGCGGCGCUUCUCCCUUCACGGUGGAUUAUGUUUUCCCCUUCAUUGUGGACACUGUAAUCCCGAAGCGAUUUCAGAGGGCGGUGAGUCGGAGGCUGCUAAGGCCCACGGCGAUUGCUCAAGAACUAAAAUAUUUUUUUCUCAUGUAAACUCUUAAGACUUCUCAUAAGGCUCGUCUUAUAUGUAAACGAAACGGGCAUUAAUCAAUCGCAAAGAUGUCGCUUGGUGCAGAGAGAAGGAUGGAAAACCGGUUGAAAAAGCUGGAGGCCAUGAUCAAAGAUCCAAGAUCUGCGAUAAACUUAGAAAGUUUACUGGAUUCUAUCAAUGCCUUCGUUCUAGAUCUGGACUACCCUGCCCUACGGAAAAACAAAAACAUAGAAACCUUUUUAAACAGAUAUGAGAAGGUGAUGGGGCACAUACGGGACUUUCAGAUGAGGUCUGAGGACUUUGACAGGGUGAAAGUGAUCGGCAGAGGGGCGUUUGGUGAGGUUCAGCUGGUUCGACACAAAGCCUCUCAGAAAGUGUAUGCCAUGAAGUUGCUGAGCAAGUUUGAGAUGAUCAAACGAUCUGACUCUGCCUUCUUCUGGGAGGAGAGGGAUAUUAUGGCCUUCGCCAACAGUCCCUGGGUUGUACAAUUGUGCUGUGCCUUCCAAGAUGACCGUUACCUCUACAUGGUGAUGGAGUACAUGCCUGGAGGGGACCUGGUGAACCUCACCAGUACCUACGAUGUACCUGAGAAGUGGGCCCGGUUCUAUACGGCCGAGGUGGUCAUGGCACUGGAUGCCAUCCACUCCCUGGGUUUCAUCCACCGCGACGUCAAGCCUGACAACAUGCUCCUGGACCGCCACGGACACCUCAAACUGGCCGACUUCGGAACCUGCAUGAAGAUGGACUCGACUGGGAUGGUGCACUGUGACACAGCGGUUGGCACUCCAGACUACAUCUCUCCUGAGGUUCUGAAGUCGCAGGGUGGAGAUGGUUACUAUGGACGGGAGUGUGACUGGUGGUCUGUAGGGGUCUUCAUCUUCGAGAUGCUAGUCGGUGACACACCGUUCUAUGCCGACUCCCUUGUUGGAACCUACAGUAAGAUCAUGGACCACAAGAAUUCCCUCAACUUUCCAGAUGACGUAGAGAUCUCCAAAGAUGCCAAAAACUUAAUCUGUGCCUUCUUGACAGACAGGGAGGUACGACUGGGCCGCAACGGGGUGGAGGAGAUCAAGCGACACCCCUUUUUCAAGAAUGACCAAUGGAACUUUGACAGCAUUAGAAACACGGCCGCUCCUGUGGUUCCAGAAUUGAGCAGUGACAUUGACACCAGUAACUUUGAUGAGAUAGAAGAUGACAAGGGUGACGUGGAGACCUUCCCUACUCCUAAGGCCUUUGUGGGGAACCAGCUUCCCUUCGUCGGCUUCACAUACUUCAAGGAGGACCAGUUACUAAGCGGUGUAAAUAACUCAACAGUUGUGACUGUGAACUCAACAGCCUUGAAAGGAGAGGAUAUUGUGAUGUCAGCCAAGCUGCAGAAGAAACUCCACCAGCUGGAAGAGCAGCUCAAUAAUGAGAUGCAGACCAAAGAUGAGCUGGAGCACAAGUGCAGAACUGCCACCAGUCGUCUAGAGAAAACCUCCAAAGAUCUUGAUGAAGAAGUGAGUAGCAGGAAGGCUCUGGAGUCGAGUCUGAGGCAGCUGGAGAGAGAGAAGGCUCUACUGCAGCACAAGACUGUGGAGAGCCAUCGCAAGGCAGAGAGUGAGGCAGACAGGAAACGCUGCCUGGAGAACGAGGUCAACAGCCUACGAGACCAGCUGGACGAAAUGAAGAAGAGAAAUCAGAACUCACACAUAUCCAACGAGAAAAACAUUCACUUACAAAGACAGCUGGAUGAGGCCAAUGCUCUGUUGCGUGCGGAGCAGGAGGUGGCCACAAGGCUGAGGAAGGCCCAGACGGAAACAGGCAAGCAGCUGCAAGCUCUGGAGGCUGGGGGCAGAGAGCUGCAGGACAAGUGCUGCCUGCUGGAGCGCUCCAAGCUCACGCUGGAGAAGGAGUUCAUCGGGCUGCAGGCAGCACUGGAGGCUGAGAGGAGAGAACACAGCCAGGGCUCUGAGACCAUCACAGACAUGCAGGGGCGAAUCUCGGGGCUGGAGAAUGAGGUUUGGCAGGUGAGACAGGCCCUUUCCAAGGCAGAGACUGAGAAGAGACAACUACAGGAGAAACUCACUGCUCUGGAGAAGGAGAAGAACAACAAGGAAAUAGACAUGACGUACAAGCUGAAGGUGUUGCAACAGGGGCUGGAGCAGGAGGAGGCAUCACACAAAGCCACCAAGGCACGGCUCGCGGACAAGAGCAAGAUUGAGUCGAUCGAAGGCGCCAAAUCUGAGGCCAUGAAGGAUAUGGAGCAGAAGCUGCAGGAGGAGAGGGCGUCAAAGCUGCGUGUGGAGAACAGGAUGUUGGAGCUGGAGAAACAUAGCAGCAUGCUGGACUGUGACUACAAGCAGUCCCUGCAGAAACUAGACGAGCUUCGCAGGCACAAGGAGAGGCUCACCGAGGAGGUGAAGAACCUGACCCUGAAGAUUGAGCAAGAGACCCAGAAGCGCAGUCUUACCCAGAACGACCUGAAGGCCCAGAACCAGCAGCUAAAUGCCCUGAAGACCUCUGAGAAGCAGCUGAAACAGGAGGCCAACCACCUGCUGGAAAUCAAACGCAGCCUGGAGAAACAGAACCAGGAGCUACGCAAAGAAAGGCAGGACUCAGAUGGCCAAAUGAAGGAACUUCAGGACCAGCUAGAGGCUGAGCAGUAUUUUUCUACGCUGUAUAAGACCCAGGUGCGGGAGUUGAAGGAGGAAUGUGAAGAGAAGAGCAAACUCUACAAGGACAUACAGCAGUCACUUCAGGAGUUACAAGAGGAGAGGGACUCCCUGGCGGCGCAGCUGGAGAUCACUCUGACCAAAGCAGACUCGGAGCAGCUGGCUCGCUCCAUCGCUGAGGAGCAGUACUCAGACCUGGAGAAGGAGAAGAUCAUGAAGGAGCUGGAGCUCAAGGAGAUGAUGGCCCGACACAAGCAGGAGCUGGGCGAGAAGGACAUCACAAUCGGCUCGCUGGAGGAGGCCAACCGAACCCUCACCAGCGACGUGGCUAACCUGGCCAAUGAGAAGGAGGAGCUCAACAACAAACUCAGGGAGACGCUUGAAGAGCUGCAGACGUCCAAGGAUGACGAACAGCAGAUGAGCCAGAUGAAGCUCAUGUUUGAGAAGCACCUCCAGUCAGAGAGAACACUGAAGACCCAGGCUGUGAACAAGCUGGCGGAGAUCAUGAACAGGAAGGAGGUACGUGCGGCAGGCAGUCGGCGCGGCAACGACACUGACGUACGCAGGAAGGAGAAGGAGAAUAGGAAGCUGCAGCUGGAGCUGAGAUCGGAGAAGGAGAAACUCAACUCUUCCAUCAUCAAGUACCAGAGAGAGAUCAACGACAUGCAGGCGCAAAUAGCUGAUGAGAGUCAGGUACGCAUUGAGCUGCAGAUGGCCCUGGACAGUAAGGAUAGUGACAUAGAGCAGCUACGUAACCUCCUCAGCUCCGCCAAUGUUUCCUCCCUGGAAUCAGCCAGUAUCAACAGUGGACCAGACUUUGAUGCGGACGACGCCUACACAGAAAUGAGACUAGAGGGAUGGCUCUCACUGCCGGUGAGGAACAACACAAAGAAGUUUGGAUGGGAGAGAAAGUAUGUGGUUGUGAGCAGCAAGAAGAUUCUGUUCUAUAACAGCGAACAGGACAAAGAGCUAUCCAACCCCUACAUGGUGCUGGAUAUCGAUAAACUCUUCCAUGUGCGACCUGUCACUCAAACAGAUGUUUACCGUGCUGACGCCAAAGAGAUCCCCAGGAUAUUCCAGAUUCUGUAUGCCAACGAGGGAGAGUGUAAGAAGGAGCCUGAGUUCCCAGUGGAGCUGGCAAGUGGAGAGAAGUCCAGCUACAUCUGCCACAAGGGCCAUGAGUUCAUCCCUACACUCUACCACUUUCCUACCAACUGUGAGGCGUGCACCAAGCCCCUGUGGCACAUGUUUAAGCCUCCUCCUGCCCUGGAGUGCAGGCGCUGCCACAUCAAGUGUCACAAGGACCACAUGGACAAGAAGGAAGAGAUCAUCGCACCCUGCAAAGUGAACUAUGAUGUGUCCAUGGCCAAGAACUUGCUGCUGCUGGCUGUGUCGCAGGAGGAGCAGCAAGAGUGGGUGGGACGACUGGUCAAGAAGAUCACAAAGAAGCCGCCGGCCCCUGACCACUUUGCCCGCUCCUCGCCCCGUGUCUCCAUGAAGGUCCAGCCCAGCCAGUCCAUGAGGCGGCCCAGCAGACAGCUGCCCCCCAGCAAGAACAGUUAACCUUACUUGGGAAUGUGGUGCUGGUUCGAGGUGGUGGGUGUUUCCUCCUAACACGCAAUCAAAAGACUGAUAACAAACAAUGUUCCACUUGGCAUUUCCUCCAUGCACAACUUUGAUUGCACUUCACUCUUCCAGAAGACUUCUCUAUCUAUUCCACUUCCGCCUUGUCUUUUUUGCCAGUCACUUUAACUGCUAGUCUCCCAAGAACAAUGUGCCAAUACAACUACUUGUUGUCUGUGUGCAUACGAAGAGCAACUUCUCUCCAGGUUCCUUAAGGAGGGGGUGAGGCGAGGGGAUGUCGAGGCCAUGGGAAGGGGUUUGGCUUUGGACUUUGUAUCCAGAUUUUCACUCAACACAGAACAGCAGCCUCAAUUAAGCUAAACGGCAUGUGAGAGCAGAGGGCUGAGGGACUUACCUUGACAACACUUAAGAAAUCCACAUUGGAAAAAGCAGAGAUCAAGAGAUGAGGUUUGAGGUGAUCUGCCAACCUGAAUGUUCGUGGCAAAGACAAUUCUUUAUAUAAUACAGUUCACGAUUACAAGCCAUCGUAAGUAUCUAGUGCAGAACACUACGCCCACAAGGAGAACUAUACUGUAAACUGGUAGGUGGAUAGAGUUGAAGUUCAGAUGCUAACACUUACCUAAUAGCACUUCACCCUGGCAUUGCCUUAAUGUACUUACACCAUGCAGCAUGACAAUUUAUAAGAGGGAAAUGUUUAAUGCACCAGCUGAAUGCAAGGAGUGCAGCAUUAAUACCAUAGCUUGACUCCUUCAUUGUUUGGUUGUACAUCUGAGCAAACCAGAGAUGAAGCACGAGUAUUGUAUGACUUAGAAGUUAUGCUGUUUAUUUUCUAUUCAAAAUCAACUUGGAGGGUCCCCCUACAGUCUUCAAAAUCAACUUGGAGGGCCCCCCUACAGUCUUCAAAAUCAACUUGGAGGGCCCCCCUACAGUCUUCAAAAUUAACUUGGAGGGCCCCCCUACAUUCUUCAGUGUGCUGUUGCCUACAUGCCUUUCUUUUGGAAGUCCACCCGUAGUAAGAUUUUUAUUUUUCUCCAUGGAAGAGGGGAACAUCAAGUUUACUUAUCUUUGUUUAAAUAAAGAUGGAAAAAGACUCUACAAAUGUAUUCAUUCACAAGCUGAAAGUAUGGAACAGUAACCUGUAAUGGAAGCUUUUUGAAUGUUUCCGAUAUUUUUGUAAAGAAUUCCUUAGCACGUGGUGUGCAUCUGGCUCAUAUUUCAGGUGGAGAGUGUUGGUGUGCUCUCCUUUAUUCAAGCUUCUGAAAAGCACGUUUUAUACAUAUUAAUAUACAAUAUUUUACAUGACAUACAGUGCACAUUGUAUUAUUUAUACUGCCUUGUCCACUUUGUAUUUAAAGGCGCUUCAUCCAGAAUGCAUGUUUGAUAUUGCUACAAUAAAGAAAUGUAUGUGCCUUCUGGUUUAGGUCA